AUUACGUUAAUUUAGUGAAAUGAUUUCACAAUUUUUUAUUUUAUCUCCUCAGCGAGGCGACACACUUAUAUUUCGCGAUUACCGACACGAUACUCCUCGAGAUGUACCUGACCUUCUUCUCGAUAAAUUAAAAACCUGGCAAAAAAACCAUGGAGCCGAACUAGACCCGCCUCCAAUAUUUAAUGUUGACGGUGUUAAUUUUCUUUUUACAAAUAUACAAGGGCUUUAUUUUGUUUGCACUACAAAGUUUAAUGUUUCGCCUUUUAUGAUCUAUGAAUUACUUGGACGUAUCGCAACUUUGAUAAAGGACUUUUGUGGAAUUUUAAGCGAGGAAUGUUUACGAUUAAAUUCUAGUUUAGUUUACGAAUUACUCGACGAAAUAAUUGAUUACGGAUAUGUUCAGACAACCUUGACCGAUCAAUUGAAAUCUUACGUAUAUGAAGAUCCAGUACCGGUUAAACGCGAAAAUAUAAUCAUUAAUUCGUUAGCCAAGUUAAAAGCCCCGGGGACAAACUUAGGGUCUUCAAGAAAUAGACCAAUUGUGCAUUCACGUGAUGAAAGAAGUUCUAAACAAAAUGAAGUCUACAUUGACAUGAUUGAACAACUUGUUGCUUCUUUUGCAUCUAAUGGAAUGACAGUACGAGCAGAAAUUAAUGGAUCAAUUCAAAUUAAGAGUUAUUUGCAAGGAAAUCCUGAAAUUCGAUUGGGACUAAAUUCCAAUAUUGUACUUGGAAGAGACAAAGAUAUAUCAAGUGACAAGUAUGGGAUCGUGUUUGAUGAUUAUAAGUUCCAUGAUUCGGUGGAUCCUACAGAUUUUAAUGAAUAUAGGCGAAUGGUCAUUUUUCCACCAGAAGGAGAGACUACAAUUAUGAAUUAUCGGAUAUCUAGUGACGUUAGUUUACCAUUUCGAAUUUUCCCAAUUCUUCUGCGUGACCCAAGAUGUCCAAAUAGAAUGGACAUCACUAUUAAAAUUCGAGCUGAUAUUCCGGAAGAUAAGUUCGUGAGUAAAUGUACGCUAACUGUACCUUUACCUCGCGUAACACAGAGUGUCUCGAACGAAAAUACGGAUGAUUCGAAUGAGCAAUCAUUCCAAUAUGAUAAUCGAAUCAAAAACAUCAUAUGGACUAUUAAUAAUUUAAAAGGUGGCACAGAACAAUCAAUAAAAGUCAAGAUUACAGGGGCUACUUCAUUUUCUGCUGUAGCAGAGCUGGAAAUAGGACCUAUUAGUCUUGAAUUUGAUAUUCCAAAUUACACUUGUUCUAAUAUUCAAAUCCGAAAAUUAAAAGUUUACGAAAAAAAUAAGUCAAUACCUCCCCAGCGUUGGGUUAGAUAUUUUACCAUAUCAGAAAGUUAUAUUUGUCGUGUCUGAAAAGGUAAGAAAGAGAUUAUGGAACACAAAAAAUACAAUAUAACAAUAAGGUAAAAGAUAGGUUAUGCAUAUAUUCUUUAAAUUCUUUAAUAAUUUAAAAUUAUUUAACAAAUAUAUGUAUACCGGUGAUU